UACACAUGCACACAAAAUCGCAAGCUGUGUCACUGGUGGAAUUUACGCACUGCUUGUGUCUCUCCAGCAUGGGCGCGCUCACCCUAUGAGGACUUUGCCAUCGUGUUACUUCAGCCUGAGGCGCACUUCCGGCAGGGGAACCAGGAGGAAACACAACUUGGAAGACCCCCCCCCCCCCCCCACCACCACCACCACAGACCACCAUUAUUAUUUCUCCCUCUCUGCUAAUACGAAGGAAAAUCCAUCUGUCCCUCAUGUCGAUGUCCACUCGUGCCCUCAGGGAGAUCCUGCACAGAGCAGGAAAUGACACCUGUGCAGACUGUGGGGCACCAGAUCCCGACUGGGGCUCGACCUCGUUGGGGGUUUUCAUCUGUCUGGCCUGUUCCGGCAUCCACCGAAACAUUCCGGACGUCAGCAAGGUGAAGUCGCUGAGUCUUUCCCACUGGGAGGACCACGAGGUCCAGUUCAUGGCGGAGAACGGAAACGAGCGGAUGAAGAGCAAAUACGAGGCCGCCGUUCCCGUUUACUACUACAAGCCGUCACAUAAGGACUGCCAGGUACUGAAGGAGCAGUGGAUACGAGCAAAGUAUGAACGCAAGGAAUUCACCGAACCCGGCAACAAGUUUACGUACGAGGAAGCCACCAGAGACGGAGCCUUGAUGAAAAGGGGGCGGGACAAUGGGCAGUUCCUCAGCAGGCGAUUCGUCCUCUCCGAGCGGGAGGGGACGCUCAAGUACUUCACCAAAUACGACGCCAAGGAGCCCAAAGCGGUGAUCAAGGUGGACGGCAUCAACGCCACCUUCCAGCCCGAGAAGAUCGGUCACCCCAACGGCCUGCAGAUCACGUACCUCAAAGACUACAGCACCCGCAACAUCUUCCUUUACCACGACAGCGGCAAGGAGAUCGUCGACUGGUUCAAUUCCAUCCGAGCCGUCCAGCUUCACUACAUGAAGGUGGCCUUUCCUGGCGCAACGGAUGCAGAGCUGGUUCCCAAACUCACCCGCAACUUCCUGAAGGAGGGCUACAUGGAGAAGACGGGUCCUAGGCAAACAGAAGGCUUCAAGAAGCGCUGGUUCACUUUGGACCAGAGACGACUCAUGUACUACAAAGACCCACUGGACGCCUUCGCCAAGGGCGAGGUUUUCCUGGGCAGCAAAGAGCACUACAGCGCGUCGGCCGGCCUGCCCGCCGGCACCUACUGCAACGGCGCGUGGCAGCACGGCAUCACCAUCGUCACACCCGACCGCUGUUUCCUGUUCACGUGCGAGACCGAGGCCGAGCAGCACGACUGGCUCAAGCUCUUCAACGACAUCGUGAACGCUCAGAUGUCCCCUCAGGAGCACACCAUGGAGGCUUGGUUCAAGCACAGACAUUGACCCAGCAGCUCACCAAACAGCAGAUUUUUCCACUAAGUAUUCCAAAAAUGAGGACUGAAAGUCACAGGCAACAAGCGGUCCGAUAUUUCAACCGUUCAAAAGUGUAAAGGCGCCAUCGAGUGGCAUUCUUUUAACCCGAGCCCACAACAAGUCUCUCCUGUUCUACUUUUUUUAACUCCAUCUUUAACAUGUUUUUCAAUUUUUUUUUUUACUUUUUGGAGGGGUUACUUGUGGUUUUUAUUUUAAAACACACAAAAUGAUUGACACAUAAUAAAUGAGUUUAACAUA